CCGUGCUGAAGGCGGAAGCAGGGCAGUGCAUGGUGCAGCUGUGAGACUCGUCCUGCAUGGAAUCGUAGCCAUGAGCAACAAGGAAAUGGUUUCCACGGAGACAGAGAAUAAAGGACCGAGGAAAGUCUUUCUGCCUAACAAGCUGUUGGAGUGUCUCCCUCGUUUGUCCGGUCUGCCUAACGAGCGGCUGAGGUGGAACACUAACGAGGAGAUUGCUUCCUACCUGAUUUCAUUUGACAGACAUGAUGAGUGGCUCUCCUGCACACUGAAAACCAGGCCGAAGAACGGCAGUAUCAUCCUGUACAACCGGAAGAAGGUGAAGUACAGGAAGGAUGGAUACUGCUGGAAGAAAAGGAAGGAUGGAAAAACGACAAGAGAGGACCACAUGAAGCUGAAGGUCCAGGGCACGGAGUGCCUCUACGGCUGCUACGUCCAUUCCUCCAUCGUGCCGACAUUCCACCGACGAUGCUACUGGCUGCUGCAGAACCCAGACAUCGUGCUGGUCCACUACCUGAACGUGCCGUCCCUGGAGGAUUCUGGGAAAUGCAGUCCGCUGCUGUGUGCAGUGGCCGACCGCCAUGACAGUGUGAGGUGGAGCCGAGACGACCUGCUGAACCAGCUGAAGCCCAUGUUUCACAGUAUGAAGUGUUUGGUGGGUUCAGGGGAUUUCAGUAUUGAGGAGCUGGUUCAACACAUUCUGGACCGACAGAGAACCAAACCACAGCCACGCACACACGCCUGCCUCUGUAACACCUCACAGGUCUCUUCAGGGGUGAACAUUCCCCACCGCUGUAACAGCACCAAGCAUCGCAUCAUCUCCCCCAAACUGCCUCCGUCCUCCUGCAGACCCUCCCCCUCCUCGCUCUCCUCUGAGGCGGGGGAGGCGGGCAGAGGAGACGCCAAACUGCCGCACCUCCAGGCUCAGAGCAGCCCCGUCUCCUCCCCCUGCCCCACGUCCACCUCGGCCUCGUCUCCCCCUCAGCCUCACACAGCGGCCGUCACCGUGGGUAACCAAGGCAGCGGCUUUUACGACCGCGGCGGCAACCUGGCGACAGUGGCGCUGCCCCAGAACGCUGUGAUCGUCAUGGCAACAACCACCGCCAUCACAGGAGGGAGAGGUGGAGCCGGGGCCAGAGCAGAGGAGGCGGGGCCAGGGAGGAGCCUGUCACUCACCCGCUCCGGCCAAUUGCUGCUCUCCCCUGGCCUCCCCCCUCCCACCAGAAAGCCCACCUCCCCCUCGCCUCCGUCCUCCUCCUCACCUGCCCCCCCCUCGCUCCCUCCUCCUCCUCCUCCUGUCCAGGCACCAGGGGUGGCCACCCUCUCCCUCACCCUCCUCCCCUCCCCCGUCAUCGGAGGUCUGCUCCUCACCCCUUCCUCCUCCAACACCUCCUCCUCCCUUUGUUCCCCUCCUCCUCCUGCUGCUGCCUCCCCUCCCUCUGCCCCUUCCUCCCCCUCUCCACCCCCACCUCCCUCAUCCCUCCCUCCAGCUUUUGACCCCGACUCCUUUCUCAACUCCCCCAAACAGGGUCAGACGUACGGUGGCCCACCUCCUCCCUCCUCCUCCACCCCCUCUCCUGUCCUCUGCUCCUCCUCUCCGCUCUCUCCCCCAUCCCUGGCUCUCUCCCUCUCCCCCACCUCCACCCCUCCGUCCUCUGUCUCUCCUGCAGACAGGCGAGACUCUGCCCUCCCCCUCUCCUCCUCCUCUUCAUCCUCCCCGCACUCAUCCUCCCUCCCCCCCUCCCUCUCCCUGUCUCCCUCCUCAUCUGUGGCCCCGCCCCUCCUCCCCCUCUGCCUGGAGCUAGGAGCUCUGGGGCAGGGGAGGGAGGUGGGAGGGAGGGCGGUUGAGGAGGCAGUGGUGGCGGGAGAUGAGGAGGAGGUGAAGGACAGGAGAGGUGAUGAUGAUGAUGAGGAUGAUGAUGAUGAAGGCAGCGCUCCUCCCACCAAGCUGGCUCUGCUGCAGACAAGCCACGACUCCUCCAGCUCGUCUCCACGGCAACAGACAGAAAGCAGCGCCGCUUCGCUGCUCGCGGUUUGCCAGGACUCGUCAAGCACACCCGCCCAGCCAGCCAAUCAGACGAGGCGACAGGCAGACGUGCAGCAGCCAUUGGUCUUGGGACAGCCCUUCAAAUGCCUGUCUGGACUUGGAGCUCCGCCCCUUGCUCAGAUGUCCCAUCAGCCCCUGGUGCUGCAGCAGGGUCAGCCAGUGUUUGCCAAUGCUAAAGCUAGCAUGGCAUCUGUCACCCUGACGAGCGCUGACACUAACUCCACCCCUGUGGCUGUCGCCAUGGAUACCACUCACCUGGCAGCGCCCCCAGUCCAGGUGAAGGAGGAGAGUAGACAGGGCCACAACUCAGAGGACACCUGCAUGGAUACACACCUGGAGGAGGAGGCGGAGCCCUGCGCGCGUGGAGGGGAGGAGCUCGACAUCUCCUUUGACAGCCAGUUUCCUGACCUCAUCUCUGACCUCAUCACGGAGGAGACCAAUCACACAGCCUCCGCCGCCACGCCAAACACUGCCGUGUUCCCGGCGGGGGUCCGCUACAUGGUGCCCCCCCAGCCCUCACCCUCCUCCUCCUUCCUCCCCUUUCCUCAUCCGCUGCCCUCCUCCUCCUCGACCCGCCUCGCCUCCAUCACAGACUUCUCCCCAGAGUGGUCCUACCCCGAGGGAGGGGUUAAGGUAUUGAUAACAGGACCGUGGAGCGAGCUGUCGGGUCGAUACUCGUGUGUUUUUGACCAGAGCACCGUCCCUGCAUCACUGAUCCAACCCGGAGUGCUGCGCUGCUACUGUCCUGCCCACGAGGCCGGCCUGGUGUGUCUGCAAGUUCUGGAGUCCGGAGGUUCGGUUUCCUCUUCAGUUUUGUUCGAGUACCGAGCGAGGAACGCCAGCUCUCUGCCCAGCUCCCAGCUCGACUGGCUCUCAUUGGACGAUAAUCAGUUCAGGAUGUCCAUCCUGGAGCGGCUGGAGCAGAUGGAGCGCAGGAUGGCAGAGAUGGCCGCCCGCGACAUCAGCAACAACAACCAGCAGCAGCAGCAACAACAUCAUUUUCAUCAUCAGUAUCAUCAACAGCUGGCCACGCCCCCUCCUCCACCACCACCUGAGGAGGAUGAACAGUCCUCUCAGUGGUUUGAGAGGAGGAUUGUGGGAGUGUGUGAGCGGAUGAUGAGGGGAGGACGUUGGGGGGGGGGAGGAGGAGAGAGGCUUCAUCACUCUGUCCGUCACCGUGGGAUGACACUGCUCCACCUGGCUGCUGCACAGGGAUACACUCACCUGAUACACACUCUGAUCCACUGGAGGAGCGUUAACAGUGACAGUUUGGACUUGGAACAGGAAGUCGAUCCUCUCAACAUCGACCACUUCUCCUGCACCCCGCUGAUGUGGGCAUGUGCGCUUGGCCACCAGAGGGCAGCAGAGCUCCUGUAUGGCUGGAACUCUUCGGCCCUGGGGAUCCCCGAUUCGCUGGGACGCCUGCCACUCGCUGUUGCUCGCUCCCGAGGACACACCCGCCUCGCCACGGCGCUGGAGGAGUUGCACACACACACACACGUGACGCCCAGGGACACACACACGUCUCCAGCAGAUACACACACACCGGCAACGCCGCAACCACAGCUGCCCCCGUCUCCCCUGUCCACCAGCCCGGACACAGGUCUGAGCUCCUCCAGCAGCCUCCCUUCGCCCAGCGCCCCCUCCUCACCAUCUCCGAGCUCCGCCUACUCCAGUGGCCCUGCCCCCAUGGACACCUCCCCAUCAUCUCCUUCCUCAUCCUCUUCCUCACUGCCGGUCUCCCCUCCCUCCCCCUCCUCCCUCCCCCUCUCCUCCCUUCCUCCUGUGUCUAUGUGGGGGGAGGAGCCAAACGCCGGGCAGAGCACAGGUUUGAACCCUGGUGGUUCCAGAGACUCUCCUCUUUACCUCAUGGACUACGAGACCGCCUGCCCCGCCUCCCCCGGCCACACGCACACGGCGGGAGGGCAGCGGGCACACAUGGCGGCGACGCUGGAGGAGCAGCUGCUGAGCUACAGCGAGAACGCGGAGAAUGAAGGCGAGGAGGAGGAAUACCUGGAGGAGGAGGUGCUGCAGGUUGACAUGGCAACACUAGCAGAGCAAAUCAUUGAGGCGACCCCGGAUCGAAUCAAACAGGAAGACUUUCCCAGGGGGGCGGAGUCACCGCUCAGAGAGAGACGGGACAACCCAGCCAUACAGGACACCUGGCUGGCUACUUACCUGGACACAGUUGAUGCCCACGCACAUUCCCCGCCCAGGCGUGUGUGUCCCCCCUCGCCACUCAGCGCCCUGGCCCUCCAGAGGCUCCGCCCUCCCUCCUCUGCGGCGUGGGCGGAGUUCUUGAACGCUUCGGCCAAUGGGAAGAUGGAAAGAGACUUCGCCCUGCUGACGCUUACAGACGGAGAGCAGAGGGAGCUGUAUGAGGCCGCCAGGAUCAUCCAGAAUGCCUUCAGGAGAUACAAGGGUCGGAGGUUAAAGGAGCAGCAGGACAUGGCUGCCGCCGUCAUCCAGAGAUGCUACAGGAAGUACAAACAGUACGCUCUCUAUAAGAAGAUGACCCAGGCGGCCAUCUUGAUCCAGUCUAAGUUCAGGUCGUACUACGAGCAGAAGCGCUUCCAGCAGAGCCGGCGGGCGGCGGUCCUCAUCCAGCAGUACUACCGCAGCUACAAGGAGUACGAGAGGCUCAAACAGGCUCCGAGAGGGGCCGCCAGCCACAACCCCAAGAUCAAGGGGUCAUUCUUGACGAAGAAACAGGACCAGGCAGCUAGGAAGAUCAUGAGGUUCCUGAGACGCUGCAGACACAGGAUCAAAGAGCUGAAGCAGACGAGGGAGCUGGAGAGGAGAGGACUGACCACCUAAACGUUUCUUCAUUUCAUCCCUUCUUUCAUCUCCUGGGGGGAAACAGAGGAGAGACAGAUGUUCUCUGAUCUUCUCAACCAUGACUGAGUGAUGGAGAGAUGCCUUACCCCACGCCGACUCCGUUUUCUUCCUCUCCUCUGCUUCUUGUGAUGGAUGGAUGGAUGGAUGUGUCUGUCGUCUGUCUUCUCUCCUGGUUGAAUGUAGCUGUCGGCAGCUUAAAGAGCUUCGUUCAGAAACGUCACGCUGUGCUUUUGCUCAGUGCUCCGGGUUCCACUGGACUCGCAGUGCAUCUGGAAAGUAUUCGUUACAGCCGUAUUCCAAAAUGGGUUAAAUUCUUCUUUUUCUUUUUAAGAAAGCACAUGUACAUUAGUAUUCAGCCUUUGCUCAGUAUUUGUUGAUGCACCUUUAGCAGCAGUUAAAGUCUUUUUGAAUAUGAUGCACACCGACCGUAUCUUUGGGCAGUUUCACCCAUGGCUCUUUGCAGCACCUCUCGAGCUCCAUCAGGUGGGACGGGAGGCGUCGCUGCGCAGCCAUUUUCAGAUCUCUCCAGAGAUCUUCAGUCGGAUUCAGGUCUGGGCUCCGGCUGGGCCACUCACUCACAGGGUUGUCCUGAAGCCACUCCUUUGAUAUCUCGGCUGUGUGCUUUACUUUACUACCUUCUCAAGCCGCUUCUCCAACCUUCUCUAACCUCUAGGCCGCGGCUGCCCCCAACGUCUCCAGGACGAUCAGUGGAAACAGGAUGCACCUGAGCUCAAUGUUAGCUUCAUGGCAAAGGCUGUGAAUACGAAUGUACGUGUGAUUCCUUAGUUUUUAUUUUUAAUAACUUUGCGAACAUUUGAAAAAUACUUUUUUCACGCUGUCAUUAUGGGGUGUUUGUAUGCAGAAUUUUGAGGGAAAAAAUGAAUUUAUUCCAUUUUGGAAGCGCCGCCAACACUUUCCGGAUUCUCUGUUUUCACAAAUCAACCACAGAUUUGAAAUCUAAGUCUUUACUUUCUCACCUGAAAAACACCAAAACUUAAUUUGAUGUCAUCAUAGCAGCUGUAGGACAGGAAUGUAGCAGUUGUUAGCCUGGCGCAAACUGUCCAUUAUUGCAGCUGCUUGCCACAAAUGCAUGCUGGGAUAAAAGCCUGCUCCUGAGGUAUCCGCAGUAAAAGACUUGGGGUCAUGGUCUGCACUAGUUUCAGCGUCUGUAACGCAAGAACGUGAGCAACGAGGCCUUCGAAGAAACAGACCCACCUACUCUCUCCUAGCGGGCACAGCUCAGGGCGAAACGGGCCCAGGAGCGCCUACGUCUGCUCCCUCACGAGAGCGAGCAGGACGCUGUGUUUGAGGGUCUUUGGAGCAAGUCAACUUCAGACCAAAGCAAAAUGAGAAAUUCUCUCUGAAGUCUGAAUGUUUGUGACGGUUCUGCUGUAGAACGAGCGAAGCUGCGUAACCUUCUGGAGUGAAGUUCUUCGUUUGGAGGCGACAUACUGUGUACUUCAAAAUGUACGUGAUUAUAACAAAGCUACUUAUAUUUAACACAAUCACAUAUAUAAACUUAUAUCUCUAUAUAUAGAUUCUAAUGUUAAACUUUAUAGAUGCUAUGGAUGUUUUUAUUUAUUACAGCAUGAACUGUUCGUGUGUGUGUGUGUGUGUUUGUGAGAGGUGUGUGCGCGCGUGUGUGAGGUCGAGUCUUAAGCCCCACAUAAUGUGAAACCCUGUGUGUGUGUGUGUGUGUGUGUGUGUGCACGUGCAUGUGCGCGUGCGUGCGUGCGUGAUUUGAAAUAUGUUUACACACCAGAGGAUAUUUUGCAUCGUUCCAUCGUGACCUCCGUUGAGCUCACAGGUCAUUGCUCUGUUUCUUCUUUGUUUUUAAUUCAAAUCUUAAUCAUGUCACGUGUUAAUUUGAGGGUUUGCAGGAUGCAUCGAGCAAAUCAAGUCACAGAUGAGGAUCAUGUGACGUCCUUUAAUUUAUUCUACGAAGCGAGCCGAAGAGGGCUGUGACGACCGUGCGCCGAUGAUGUCACGGGUCACGGGUCAAACUGGGGUUCCCUUCGGACGUUUUUUUAAAAUGUCCAGCAGCUUUUCGGGACGACGGCGACGGACGACGCGGCAGCGUGCUGCUGCUUCCUGUCGGGUCCUUCGGUUUUUUGUUUUUUAGCAGAGACUGAACGCCGUCGAGGACCGAGCAUGAACUUUCCUUAUAACCAGUUGUUGGACAAGUUUGUCUUUGGCUUGUUUUCACUUUGACCUGAAAUGAGAAAUCUCUUCUGCUUCUUCUUCUUCUUCUUCUUCUUCCUCGGCCGUUGCAGUGACGCUUUGCAUGAGUUUGUAUUUAAUUGUUCUACAUUUCAAAACCUUUAAAAUGAAAUGCAUUAUUCUACAAGUCAGAUGAAUAAAUCAGCUGUUUGCUAUUUGUCUUGGUCCUGUAUCUGUUUGUAGCUGGUCCUGCUGGGCCAAGGCGACCAGGGCAGCCCCACAAAACGUCUGCAGAGAGACAGACAACGACUGCAGAGAGACAGACAACGUCUGCAGAGAGACAGACAACGACUGCAGAGACAAAACGUCUGCAGAGAGACAGACAAC